AUGGAUUCACCAAUCAAGAGUUUACGUCUAGGUUGGUUGAUUCUACGCAUAAAAUGUACAAGAUAUAUUGAUUCAUCUAUUCUACACAAAGAUAUUUUAUGGUAUGAUCAACAUUCAUCCGGUGAUAUUAUACAUAAUCUAUCAGAAAAUAUCAAUACUAUUGAAAUUGGAAUCGGUACAAAAUUAAGUGAAUUCUAUCAAAAUUUAAGUGGAUUUCUAGCUGGAAUCAUUAUUGGUUUUAUUGUCAAAUGGAAAUUAGCCUUAGUUGCUUGUGCUACACUGCCAUUUGUUGUGAUUGCAUUCUCUUUAUUCGGUAUUGCAUUUAAAUAUUUUCAUGCUAAAGAAAUUCAUGCUUAUUCACGUGCUAGUACUAUUUCAAGUGAAGUAUUAUCAUCCAUACGGACAGUGAUUGCAUUCGGUGGUGAAAAACAUGAGUUGACAAGAUAUCAAAAAGAAUUAUCUUCAGCUGAAUCGAUGGGUAUUAAAAAAGCUACAGCAUUUGGCGGUGUUGGAGGAUCUAUUGGAUUGGUGAUAUUUUCAUCAGCAGCUUUAGUAUUUUGGUAUGGUGUUCAAUUGAUUCGAGAUGAAAACACAGAUCCUGGUGCUGUGAUUGCAGUCUUUAUCAAUAUACUACUUGGAAGUAUAUUUUUAGGCAAUGCAUUACCAAAUAUCCCAUAUAUUUUAGGCGCUGUCACAGCAUCCAAAGAAAUAUUUGCCGCAAUAAAUCAUGUUUCUGAAAUAGAAAAACAAUCGACCGGGAAAAUUAUUCCAGAUUUUGAUGGAAGUGUCACAUUUCGUCAUGUGAAUUUCAAUUAUCCUUCACGUCCAGAUAUACCAAUUCUUGUCAAUUUUUGUCUUACUAUUAAAAGUGGUCAAACAAUUGCAUUGGUUGGUGCUAGUGGGUCUGGUAAAAGUACCAUUAUUCAUAUGCUUCAACGUUUCUAUGAUCCUACAGAAGGUGAAAUAUUAAUACAAGGUGUUAAUUUACGUGAAUUAAAUAUUCACAAUUAUAGAAAUCAAAUUGGUUGUGUACAACAAGAACCGGUAUUAUUUGAUGGUACAAUAAGGGAAAAUAUUGGACUUGGGAAAAUUGAUGCAACAGAUGAAGAAAUUCAAGCAGCUGCUAUUAAAGCUAAUGCACAUCAAUUUAUUAUGCGUUUACCACAAGGUUAUGAUACAUUAAUCGGUGAAAAAGGCAGUGGAUUAUCCGGUGGACAAAAACAACGUAUAGCUAUUGCUCGGAUAUUAAUACGUAAACCGAAAUUAUUAUUACUGGAUGAAGCCACUUCGGCAUUGGAUAAUCAAUCGGAACGUGUAGUACAAGCAGCUUUAGAUAAAAUUGUCGGUGGUUGUACAGUUCUGGUGAUAGCACAUCGUCUAUCUACCAUUAUCAAUGCAGAUUGUAUUGUAGUCUUAGAACAAGGUUGUAUACGUGAAAUGGGUAAACAUAAAGAAUUAUUACAAAUGAAUGGUUUAUAUGCAACAAUGUAUUAUGGUCAAGAGAGAACUGAUCAACAAGAAGAUGACCUCGUGGAUGAUAAAGGCAUUUCCAAUCAAACUAAUAUUUUAAGUAGACGUUCAACAAUUCUCAGUGAAAAAGAAGAUUAUUCCGAAAGUUUUAGUGUCAAAACAAAUUCAUUUCGUCAUAAAACUGUUCAUUGGAUUACAACAAAUAUUAACACAAAGAUGAGUAGAUUUCACAAUUCAUUGUACUUACGUCUUUUAAGUAUCAAUCGACCAGAAUUGAUUUACAUUACAAUGGGUUGUAUCUGUUCAAUUAUAUCAGGACUAUUACAACCAGCAUUUUCAUUACUUUAUUCGGAAGUGUAUCAGGUAUUUGCUUUACGUAACAAUUCGCAGGCGAUGACAGAGAAAAUCAAUAAAGUUUCUGGUAUUCUAGCUGGAUUAGGAUUUAUUCAGCUGUUUAUUGGUGCUGUUCAAGGUUAUUUAUUUGGUGUUGCUGCAGAACGCUUAACAAAACGCUUACGAUCAGAAUUAUUUGAUUCUAUGCUGAAACAGGAGAUUGGUUGGUUUGAUCGGUCGGAAAAUCAAGCUGGUGCAUUGACUGCAUUUCUUUCAACGGAUGCUUCAAAAGUUGCACAAAUUAGUGGUUCCACGCUAAGUACAGCAUUUGAAGCGAUGGUUUUAAUCACGGCAUCUUUAGCGAUUGGAUUUAUUUACAGUUGGCAAUUAACUUUAGUUAUGAUUCCAUUCAUACCGGUACUAUUGUUAUCUUCACGAUUACAUAUGAAAAAAGCACCGAACAAAGAUGAUCAUAUUCCAGCAAAAGGAUUAUCAAUUGCUAAAGAAUCGAUUAGUGCACAUCGUACAGUGAAAAGUUUAUCAUUAGAAGAAUAUUUUUAUCAACGUUUUCAAUCAAUGUAUAUUGAUAGUUUUAGGACAUAUUUAAAAGAAGCUAUUGCAUUUGGUUUAGUUCAAUCAAUUGGUUUGUCUGGUCCUGUUCUUAGUUUAACAGCAUGUUUUGCAUUAGGAAAUUAUUUAAUACAACACAAUGCAAUUUCAAUGAUAUCAUUGUUUAAAGUUUAUAUCACAUUUAGUAUGUGUUCACAAGCACUUGGUCGAAUUACUGCAUUCACUGCAAAAACUAAAGAAGCUGAACAAGCGAUGAAGCAUAUAUUCACUGUGAUCGAUCGUAAACCAUUGAUCGAUGCGAAUCAAGGAGAUAAACCAAAGAAAGCAUUUAAUGGUUUAAUUGAAUUUAAAAAAGUCAAUUUUCGUUAUCCAACAAGACCGGAAACAAAAGUUUUACAUAAUAUUACAUAUUCCAUUCAACCAGGCAGUAAAAUUGCAUUAGUCGGUCAAUCAGGUUGUGGUAAAUCUACACUAAUUCAAUUAUUACAACGUUUCUAUGAUCCAAUUAAUAAUGAUAGUUAUAAUUUACAAAAUGGUAUAUUUUUUGAUGGUAUCAAUUUACGUCAAUUAGCACCAUGUUGGAUUCGACAACAAAUUGGUGUAGUUAGUCAAGAACCAAUAUUAUUCAAUAUUAGUUUACGUGAUAAUAUUGCCUAUGGUGAUCAUAGUCGCACUGUGACAAUGGAUGAAAUUAUUGAAGCCGCUAAAUUAGCUAAUAUCCAUGAUUUUAUAGUGUCAUUACCUAGUGCAUAUGAAACAUUAGCCGGUGAAAAUGGUUCACAUUUAUCCGGUGGUCAAAAACAACGCAUUGCUAUAGCCCGUGCUCUACUACGUAAACCAUCACUUCUAUUACUUGAUGAAGCAACAUCAGCGUUGGAUAAUGAAAAUCAACGUCUUGUACAAAAAUCUCUCAAUGAUGCAAUGAUCAGCACCAGCACCAGCACUACACGUACAGCUCUGAUUGUAGCGCAUCGUUUAAAUACAAUUGAAAAUGUGGAUUACAUUAUUGUUUUAUCAAAUGGACGAAUCAUAGAAUAUGGAACAUUGAAUGAAUUACUUGCUAAACAAGGUGAAUUUUAUAAUUUAUAUAAAUUAAAAAGUCAUUAGAUUAAAUAAAUAAAUAUUAUUGAGCAUUUUUAAUUCAUUAAUUAAUUAAUAAAUCAAUAAAAAUUAUUUUUCAAAAUAUACAAAAUGAAACUAUUAUUAUAUAAAACAGAUGAAAUAACAAGUAGC